AUGUUGAUACCGGCUGCAGCAACGAUUGAAAGUGGUGCUCAUUUAUUAUUCACUAUGGCUAAAACCUACUAUGUAGUUUCUAGUGAACAUAUCAUUAAUCAAAUAGCAUACAUAAGCCAACUGUUAAUUUUGCAAACGGAUGAAGAACGCAAAGCUCAUCUUCAACAAGCAUCCGACAAGACAAUCACUACAUCAUUGAAGAUUAUACAAAUGGCACGAGAACGACAUAAUAUCUAUCUUGAAGAGACACGAAAUCGACAAGCAGAAUAUGCUGCUUAUAUGACUAGUCUAGCCGCUUUGGGACUGUCACAAACGAUAGGUUAA